AUGGGCCCCGCGGCGCGGCUGGCGGCGCUGCUGGCUGUGCUGGCGCUCCGGGCAGGGGACCCGACGGGAGCCGCGGCGCGGGGGGACACGUUCUCGGCGCUGACCAGCGUUGCGCGCGCCCUGGCGCCCGAGCGCCGGCUGCUGGGACUGCUGCGGCGCUACCUGCGCGGGGAGGAGGCGCGGCUGCGGGACCUGACCAGAUUCUAUGACAAGGUGCUUUCUUUGCAUGAGGAUUCGGCAACCCCUGUGUCUAACCCUCUGCUUGCAUUUACUCUCAUCAAACGCCUACAGUCUGACUGGAGGAAUGUGGUACAUAGUCUGGAGGCCAGUGAGAACAUCCGAGCUCUGAAAGAUGGUUAUGAGAAGGUGGAGCAGGACCUGCCAGCCUUUGAGGACCUUGAGGGAGCAGCGAGGGCCCUGAUGCGGCUACAGGACGUGUACAUGCUCAACGUGAAGGGCCUCGCCCGGGGUGUCUUUCAGAGAGUCACUGGCUCCGCCGUCACUGACCUGUACAGUCCCAGACGGCUCUUCUCCCUGACAGCAGAUGACUGCUUCCAAGUUGGCAAGGUGGCCUAUGACAUGGGGGAUUACUACCAUGCCAUUCCAUGGCUGGAGGAGGCUGUCAGUCUCUUCCGAGGAUCUUAUGGAGAAUGGAAGACAGAGGAUGAGGCAAGUUUAGAGGAUGCCUUGGAUCACUUGGCCUUUGCCUAUUUUCAGGCCGGCAAUGUUUCGUGUGCCCUCAGCCUCUCCCGAGAGUUUCUUCUCUAUAGCCCAGAUAAUAAGAGGAUGUCCAGGAACGUGUUGAAAUAUGAAAAGCUCUUGGCAGAGAGCCCCACCCGGGUGGUAGCUGAGGCUGUCAUCCAGAGGCCCAAUGUGCCCCACCUGCAGACCAGAGACACCUACGAGGGGUUAUGUCAGACCCUGGGAUCCCAGCCUACUCACUACCAGAUCCCUAGCCUCUACUGCUCCUAUGAGACAAAUUCCAGCCCCUACUUGCUGCUCCAGCCCAUCCGGAAGGAAGUCAUCCACCUGGAGCCCUAUGUUGUUCUCUACCAUGACUUUGUCAAUGACUUGGAGGCUCAGAAAAUUAGAGGACUUGCAGAACCGUGGUUACAGAGAUCUGUGGUGGCAUCAGGUGAGAAGCAGUUGCCAGUGGAGUACCGCAUCAGCAAAAGUGCCUGGCUGAAGGACACUGUUGACCCACUGCUGGUAACCCUUGAUCAUCGCAUUGGUGCCCUCACAGGCCUUGAUGUCCAGCCUCCCUAUGCAGAGUAUCUCCAAGUGGUGAACUAUGGAAUCGGUGGUCACUAUGAGCCUCACUUUGACCAUGCUACGUCACCAACCAGUCCACUGUACAGAAUGAAGUCUGGGAACCGAGUUGCAACAUUUAUGAUCUAUCUGAGCUCGGUGGAAGCUGGAGGAGCCACCGCCUUCAUCUAUGCCAACUUCAGCGUGCCUGUGGUCAAGAAUGCAGCACUGUUUUGGUGGAAUCUGCAUAGGAGUGGUGAAGGGGAUGGAGACACACUUCAUGCUGGUUGUCCUGUCCUGGUGGGAGAUAAGUGGGUGGCCAACAAGUGGAUACAUGAGUAUGGACAGGAAUUCCGCAGGCCAUGCAGCUCAAGCCCUGAAGACUAA